AUGUCUUCAAUUAAAAUCAAAAGUAUAACAAUCAAUCACUCAAACUAUUUAAUUAGAGUGACAAGACAAAUUUCAUUUGAACCUAGUAAUGGAGAGUAUGUAUUUUAUUUACCAGAUGAAAUAAAUAGUAAAGAGGCAAUUGAUGUUGAAGAUCCAGUUUGUAAUGGAUCAACAUUAUUGUAUCCUCGUAAACCAUCAUUCCCAGCAGAUUUGGAACGUUUCAAGAAUCAAAGAUUCAAAAUUCAAACAAUUGAUGGUUGUCAAAUCAUUGGUAAAUUAAUUGGUACACAUGAAUCGUCAAAGACAAGUACCCAAAAUGUGGUAACAAUUGAUGUUGAAACUUUUCAUUCACCAAAGAAUUCAUUAACAGUUCCAAAAGGUUUAAUAUCAUUAAACCAAUCUCAAGUGUUAACUUAUUUCCUUCUAGAAGAAUCAUCACCAUCAUCAUCAACUGGAUUUCAAGUUGGAAAUGCCAAUAGAUAUACAAAGAUCGUUAUCAACAAUACAAGCAUUGCAAGAGAUAUCUUAGUAAGUUAUUGUGUCAUUGGUAAUUCAGAUUCACUUGGUUAUUUUGUUCAUUCAGUUAAAGGUAUUCAAAGUAAACCAUUAUACACUAAACCAAAUUUAGAAUCCAACAUUCCAAUUAAAAUUACAACUGAAUAUAUUUGGAAACCAAUUUGGGAUAUUACAAUUGAUAGAGAAUCAAAUUUAGUUGGUGAUGGUCAUAACAACAAUAACAACAACAACAACAACAUAACUGAUGAUGGUAGUUUUUAUGGUGGGUCAGGUGUAACAUUUAAUAUUAUAACAAAAGAUGAAAAAUAUGUUUACACAGUUGAAAAUUUUGUUUGUUAUAAAAAUUAUGAAAAUAAAAUUCAACUCAAUUCAUUCGAAACUACAUGUAAUCGUGCAGUAUUUGUUCAUUUAGCUGGUCCAAUUCAAAUUGCAUUAUACUUUGAAAAUAAUUCAAAAUCAUUACUAUCAAAAUCAACUAUUAAAUUUGUUGAUGAUUAUACUGAAUCACCAAAUUUAGAUUUAUCAAAACCAACAACAUUCCAACAAAAUACAAGAGAUUUUGGUAAUAAUAUCAAAAAACCAGUUGGAUUGUUCUUUUCAAAUGAUAAGAAAACAGAAUUUGAAUUUUUAAAUCCAGUUGAACCAAAAUCAAUUGGUAUCAUUGUAUUUAAAGUUCCAAAUGAAAGUAUUAAAGUUUACAAGGAUAUUGCUCAUCAACCAUUAUGGGGAACUAAAUCAAAGGAAUAUAGAAUCAAUGAAAUUAAAUUAUCACUUAUCUUUACAUUAAUGGAUGCUCAAGUUUUAAGUAAAAUUAAAUAUCAAUUUGUAAAUGCAACUCAACUUAAAACAAAAUAUAUUGUUGAUUGUAAUUCAAUCACUAUUAAUAAAACUAAUAAUAAUAACAAUGCUUUUGGUGGUGCUACUGCUGCCAAUGGUCGUGGUGGUGGUGAUGAUGAUGAUGAUUCCGGAUUACCAAGAAAUGAAGAUGUCAGUAUCGAUACUUCAAAUUGUGAAAAGAUUGGUGAAACUUUAUACCUUUUUGACUCUUUACCACUUUCAAUUAAUCAAUUUGAAAUGACCUAUAGAAAUAAGAAACAAUUAAUGACUCAUUCUAGAUUACCACAAGUUGUUUUAACCUAUUUAAAAGAAAAAGGUAUUGAUGUUAGUUAUAGUCCAAAUAAAUUUGAUACUUAUGAUCUCUCAAGUUUGGAUUCAAUCACUCAAGAUACUCUCAUUAAAUUAAUGGGUACUUUAUCAUUGGAAGAGAAAACAAGUAAUUAUUUCAAUAAAGCAUUCUCAACAAGUCCAAUUGCAAGCAUUUUAUUCGAUGCUUAUGAUUUCAAUCAAACUGCAAGUAAAGGUUCAUUUAAUAAUAAUCCAUCUUUCGGUUUAUUUGGUUCACAACCACCUCAACAACAACAACAACAACAACAACAGCAACAAGGAGUAGGAGGUUUGUUUAGUAAUGCACCUCAAGCUCAUGGUUUUAGUUCUGGAGGUCUUUUUGGUUCAACUGCACCACCACAAACCAGUUCUUUCGGAUUUGGAGGAUUCAGUAGUGCUCCAGUUUCAGCAACACCAUCAGCAGCACCAUCAUUAUUUGGUAGAUUAGUUAGUGCUCCAGUUUCAGCAACACCAUCAGCAGUACCAACUGCCACUUCACAAUUCGGUGGAACAACAAGUUUUAAUAAAAUUGAAACUCCAACUGGUACCCCUACCUCUUUUUCAUUUGGUGCUUCCACAACACCAAGUUCCUCAGGAUUUGGGGGAUUCGGUAGUGCUCCAGUCUCAACAACACCAUCAUUUGGUGCUAUCCCUUCUUCCCCAGUUGAAAAAACAACAGCAACAACAACAACAACAGCAACUCCUCAUUCAAAUACAGAAUCAUCACUAUUUGGAAGCACACAAGCCAAUAUCACUUCAUUGUUUGGUGGCUCGUCUACUCCACAACCAUCCACAUUCUCAUUUUCAACACCACAAUCAAAAUUUGAAAAUAAUGAUACCACUGAUUAUACUCCAACACCAACUGAUAAUAUUACUCUUACUUCAAUUUCAGCAAUGCCACAAUUCUCAAAUAAAUCUGUUGAAGAAAUCAAACAUGAACAAACAAAAAAAUAA